GGAAACCAAAACAAGCAGAAGAAGUAGCUCACGUAUUGGAGAGACCUUACGAAUUAGAAAUGGACCUAAUUUGUGGGUGUUUGUGUUUUUUUUAUAGCUCUGUGAUGGGCCGUUUGUCUUGUUCUAUCUUUAUGAACAAUUGUUAAUGUUAAAGUUGCUGUGGUUACAAUCCGCGUUACGUUAACGUGUCGCGUCGUGAGCAGUUUCAGUUGUCGUAAAGUUAUCCCGCCAGCCGCAGCGUCCAUGCUGCAGAGCGACGGAGAGACGUCGACUCAAUGCCCGCGAGACGGGCGCUGGUGGACUGCGCCGUGUUGUCUCUGCAAGGUGCCGCUGUGUUUUAUCCGUGCUGUAAAGACUGCUUCUCAAGGGCGGACGUUGAGCAGCACGACCCCACCAGAUGCAGAUGCUCCAAGUGCGGUUCCAGCUGUCUGAGGGAGCAAGUGGAUUACAGGUAUCGUCUCUCACUGAGGGUGUCCCGGGACAGCUGCAUAUUUGGAGUAACAGUAUUUGGAACCUGCCUGAACCCAUUCUUUGGCAUUCAUGCAAAGGGUUUACACAGGUUGGUGGAGAACUCAGAUGGAGCAUCGACCAGAGCCGCACUGCUGAUGAAGGCUGUCAAGGAUUGUUUCAUUGGCAGACAUUUCAUCUUUGGUAUAAAGGUAACCGAAACAGAAAGUCUGCCUUGGUUAGGAGGGCCAGUUGCGAAUGGGUCAAGCGGUAAAGAAGCAGUCCACUUUAUUGCCACUCAGAUGAUUCUCCCAAACAGUAGAGGCCUGGAAGGCUGCACUGUGGUCCGUUAUUAUCAGAUCCUUCUUCAGAAAGCUGCAGAAUAUGAGCUGGAAACCACUGAUCCCAGCAAAACCUCCAGACCCCCAGCAACAACCCUGCUGCUGAUUCCUCACCAUUUUCCAGCCAGCAGCUUCAAUAGUUCCAUACUUUCAGGUCUUCUUUCACAGUCACCACAAAGUUCUCAAUACCAAGAUGGUACCCUUACUCCCACCCCUCAGUGGGAACAGUCUCUUGGACUAGUUACUUCAUCAGCAGAGCAGGAGGAAGGCUGCAGUAUCCAGUGCAGUGGAGAUGAGAACAGCAACAAAAAAACACUACAUCGUGCACAGAGAGGCUGCCUGGAGAAUCAUAAAGUCACAGAGGAGCUGUCGCCUCUUCUCUCUUUAGAGUGCAGUACUUCCAGUUCAUGCUCAUCAGCUGAGGAAGCUGUUGGAAACACAUCCAUCCUGAACACUUUUUUCAGUCCCCCCCCAGCUGGCCACAACAUCUCCAAGGAGAAGAGGUCUUCUACCAGACAACUCACCCACACAUCUUUGUCAAGCUCUUUGACUUGGGAAGAUUUUCCUUUCUCUGAGAGUCUUUCUGAGUUUUUGUGUGAGGAUAACAAACAUUUUGACACGGUUGGUGAAACAGAUCUAAAUGUGCAAAAUAAGGAAGAAACGAGAAACAACCUGGAAAUCAGUUUACAAGACAAUAAUGUAUCACAUGAAUCAACUUCUAUUUGUCAAAGUAACAAACAGAUUACAGACAGUCAAUCAAAGAUAUUACUGGAAAUCACAAAUACACCUGUACCGAAUGGAGGUGACAGUCAUGAGCUACCUGACCAGAUAUAUAAGACCCCUGUUGGAUGUGGAUUGACGAGUCAAGCCAGAAACAUUUGUACCCAGGAGUGUAAUCGGGAGGAUGAUAAAUCUCAUUCUCUGUCUUCUGAAAAUGAAGAAGAGCAGCCUGAAGGGGAUACCUACAAUUGUUCAGCAGACCUAUUCAGUAGCUCACUCCUUAUCGAAAUGAGCACAAACAAACUCAACACGUAUGCUGAAACUGUCAGGGCGACCACAGAAGCUUGCCCUCUGCUUCCCAAAGCUAACCAACAGCAGUGGAGGAGUGAAAAAGAUACACAUUCAACACCAAACAAACAGAAACGGAAAAGUAAAAAAUGCAUUGACAGAGACGGUUUAAUUCCAACAGGCACACAAGAUCUUGAAUUCAUCCCUCCCUCUCAGUCCACCCCCAUUGUAGCUGUUGUGAAAGGCUCCCCUGCCUCCUCAUACAGGAACUUGACAUUGGCUGAAUUCAGUUCACAACUUGAUGGUCAAGAUUUGUGUUCUUUUUACAGAAAUCUGCCUGAAUUUGACAGUAAAGAGACAGCCAGGAGCACCGCUCCUCUUUGUAAAGUAAACUGUGUCAGUGCUAACCAGCUGUCCCAGUAUGGCAGAGAGUCUACAAAGGAAGUCGUGCUGUGGAGUAAGACUUCCAGCAGACACAGCCACAGAUUUGCCCCUGAAAGUGGGUUCUGGACACCAGACGAGCAUAAAAAAGGUCUGCUGGCUCAGCAGCACCCAAGGGUCCAGAGAGGGGCUCUAGGCACAGGGUCAACCGGAAGGAUCAACCACAGAUGGGACUCAAGUGAUUGUGAUGUGACUGUCUACGAUUCUGAGGACAAUGAAGUAAUUAUUCCUCCGACUCCUGUUGUGAAGCUCAGAAGAAGAAUGCAGACCGGAAAUGGCAGCAGUAAUUUAGAUUAUUCUGGGGAAGGGCAGCCGGGAGAUGGAGUUUGUUGUAAAAGAGCUCUGUUGGAUCAAACUGUCGCAUCAUCACAGAAAAGUCUGGCUCAAACAGAACAAUGUGACAGUAAGACGGUUGAUGAGGGGAUUCUGGAUGAAUCUCAUUGUUACCUCCUUGAUGAUGAGAACGAGGCAUGUGAUUGGUCUAGAGAUCUUUUCUCCGACUCGAUCUGAGAGGUUCUGUUGCAGAUGGCCUUGACACAUUGAUCCAAAAAGAAUUAACGUUUUAAAAACGUAUGUCAGCUCGUACUUCUAACUGUGCAGAAGGAUCUAAGAAUAGAUCACAUAUACUAAACAUAGGAAGCUGUCAAAAGGCACUACACCUGCACCACCUUCUGCUAUUUGCACUUUAUCUUUAAAAAUGUAUCCAUGUGUGGGUUCACAGCCUCAAGCACACCGAUUGCAAUUUCCAUUCACAAACGUGCAGUAAAACGGGUGAUUCUGGCGGAUCCUGUCGCUGAAUUGUAGCCAAUCAUUGCACCAAGUUACUAAAUCCUGGGGAAAGCCUCACCAGAAGAGUGAGUACUCUUACGGCAGCAGCUGGGGCAACUUCCUAUUAACGCCAAAAAAUGAAUCGCAUAUGGAUUUAUUGUCUGGAUGUCCACAUACUUUUAGGGAUUUCUAUUCGCUCUGCACUUAAAUAAUCAACGUUUUUUUUAUUUAUUGGAAACGUCUCGCUAACUCAAAUCUUCAGAUGAGAUUAACUCUUAAACAUUCAGGUGUGUAAUUUUCUUUUACCUUGUUUGAGGUAUUUGGACCGUAACAUGUAGUUUCUGCUGCGGCGCCCUCGUCAUUGCUGCAUUAUACUCGUAACUGUCUGUUCUUUGGUGGUUCUAAAACCUUGAAUGCUAUUAAAGGCUUAUCUAAUAAAUUAACUGCUUUAAAUAAUUUUAGUCUUAGACUUUGUUACAGACAAACAACAAAUACUGCAAAUGGAACACAAAUCCCAGUUAGUGUCUUCCACUUGCAAUACACGGUAUGCACCUCGAGGCCAACAAGGCUCGCUGUCACUUUUUGAAUGCUGUCUUUCUGCUACUGUGUUUGCUUUUUGAGGAGGUGUUAAUGUAGCGACGAGCGUGUACUGUCAUGCCAGGGAGCUAAGAAUAGCAGUCACCAAAUAUCAUAUCUACAAUGUUCUAGAUGUGUGAGUAUCAAAGAGGGCAUGAAAUGAAGAUUAUGUUACGUGUAAAAAUGGAACAAGUAGUUGACCGCUGGAGUGUUUGUACUGUAUGUGUUGCAGAAGGUGGGUUGGUAUGCAGUCUUCUAGGUAUCGAGUGAUUUGUGUCUAUGUGGAAGUUACAGCAUCCCAUUUCUGUUUAAGUGCCACAUGUAGCAAGUGAGUGUUCAGGCUCUUGACAUUGGAGGUACACAUGAAACAUAGCUUGUUAUGAUACGGGUCAUGAACAUGUGCAGAAAACCAGUUAAACUUGAUCAAGUAAAGGCUUUCGGGAUUUUUGUGUUUUACUACUGUAGCAGGAUGGCUCUGUUGAACUUGAUCCGUCCCUUUUGGUCCACUAAAAUAUCUCAACGACUGUAAAAUGUAUUUCCAUAACCUUUUGGUACAGACAUAGAGGAUGAAUCUUAAUGACUUUCCUUUAGUUUUCCUCAAUUUGUAGUUCAGAGUGAAAUUACCCUUCAACUUUUGCUUGUAUGACCAUGAAAUCGGGUGUAGACAUUGGUGAUCCCCAGCGCCAUCAUCCUGUUCCUAAAUAGGAUGUAAUAGUACAAAAGGACCUGCUUGACCUGCUUCUGCUGGCACAGAACACGACCCUGUGCUGCACCUUGUGCAGAAAGGUAGUCCAGAACAUUUGUACUCAACAGCUCCAGACACAUAAGCGUGAGCGCCAGAGAAUUUUGGCUCAGUUUCUUCAAUAAUAAAAAUAGUAAAAAUAUCCUUUGAGUGGUAGUAAAUAUAACCUCAAGUGUCAAUUCAUGUGCUUUGAAAUAUGAAGUACUGUAUGUACCAAGUGUCCAUUGGGAUUUUACAAGAUCUGAAUGUAAAAAUCUACUUUUUCGCUUGCCCUUAUUGCAAAGCAGAUUGUCAGCAUAUACACCUUUUCUGACUUAGUUUUCUUUCUUGAUAACUUAGGCGUGUUACCAACUAUAACUUUGGUGUAAAAAUAAGAUGACUGGUUGCUCUGUAUUCUCAACCGUAACUUGAAGAGUAAGUAACAACAAGGAAAUAACUAUUUAAAACUGUGUAGUGGCUACAUCAUUAAAAAAGCCAAACAAAUUGUAACACUGUAGAUCUAAAUUAGUGUUAAUAACACACAUAAAACAUGGGUGUGGCCUCACCUAUAUAGUAGCAACAACCAUGAGAGGCAAUCACAUGACCCGGAUAAUAACAUUACAGGUGAAACACAUUUAAAAAAGUCUACAUCAUACAUGUACCCAUGUAUUUUUUUUAUAUAUAGACAGUGAGGAAAAAAAAGGGAAGACAAUACAAAUAAAAGAAAAUAACCUAAUUGAGACCAGGAUACAAGCUUCGUUCGGUUAAGUUUCCGUUUUCUGUCUUACCUCCUUUGACCAAAGGUUUAUUGUGUUGGGUAACGUUUUAGUCUUAUGAUUUAGCCACUAUAAUAUAGGCUUUUUAAUAUUGUUUUCCUUAUUGUUACAUGUUUGACGGAAAAUGCUCUAAGACCUAUAUAUGGUACUUUAAAAUUGGAUUGACACAAUGUGGCCUUUAGCCUUUACGAGGUUUAUAGAUACAGUCCCGGAGCAUGAUGCGUUUCCAAAAAAUCCAACUGUAUGUGUGCCCAAGGAAGACCCUCUGUCCUUAAUACACAGAUAGUACACGUGCGCUAUGUCAUCAAGCUCCCACUGAUGUAAACAAAAGUGGUGUGCACCAUAACCUCCUCUGUUUGACCUAUAUUACAUUCUGGCACCUUGCUGCCUCACUAUACAUUCAUACUUUCAUUAAAAUACUGAAAGCACUACAGUAGAUACACUAAGAAAUGUGGCAUCUACAACUAUGGAAAAAAAAAAAAAAUGUCAGUGUUACUCGCUCUGUUUUUCUCUGGAUUGUUAAUGCAUGGCGUACUUCCUGACUCGAUGCUCACUGUUCUGUUAGUGCCAGUAAUCAAAAAUAAAACCGGCAAAAUAUCCAGCAUUGAAAAUUACCGACCAAUUGCUCUGGCCAGUAUAAUUUCUAAAGUAUUAGAACGAAUCCUCUUAGAUAGGCUUCAAGAUUACAUCACUACCACUGAUAAUCAAUUUGGUUUUAAAAGUAAACAGCACAGACUUAUGUAUAUAUGUACUGAAAGAAGUUUUUAGUAAGUACAGGAGACAUAACACCACAAUAUUUAUGUGUUACCUAGAUGCAUCUAAAGCUUUUGAUCGAAUUAAUCAUUCCAAAUUGUUUAUCAAAUUGCAAGAGCGAGGGGUCCCUCCGUAUUUGAUUAGAAUUUUGCACUUUUGGUAUUCACGUCAAACCAUGCGAGCUAGAUGGAGUAAGAGUGUAUCUGCACCCUUCCUAGUGACCAAUGGGGUCCGACAAGGUGGAAUACUGUCACCUGCUCUUUUUAAUCUAUAUAUGGACAACCUUUCUAAAGAGUUAAAAGAGUGUAAGACAUGAUGUAUGGUGGGGGAAAGUCUUAUUAACCAUCUGAUCUACGCUGACGACUUAGUGGUCCUGUCCCCUUAUAGCGCUGGUUUACAACAAUUGCUCAGAGUCUGCUCAAGAUAUGGGGUGCACUAUGAUAUCAAGUUCAACGCUAAAAAGAGUGUUAUCAUGAUAGCUAAAACCAAGGAGGAUCAGAAGCUACAUUUUCCUUCCUUUUUUUUGGGAGACCAGGAGCUAAAUGUGGUGCAGAAAGUCUGAUAUUUGGGUCACAUCAUCAGG